AUGCAUUCCAUGGAAGAAAACUCCAAAACUGCAACUGGUGAAAGUGUAAUGUUAUCAGCAAGAGCUAUAGAAGAAUUUGCGUUUAAAUACGCCUCUUUUAACUUGAAUGCGUCAAAAAGGGAGGCAAGAAAGAAAAACCAACACAUAGGUACGAAAUACACAUUUGAGUCCUUCCUAAGUUUUGUGUUUUAGUGUUACUAUUUCUCUAUCAUCUAAUUAUGUCUAGUACAGAAAGAAAGUGAAUUUAAACUUCUCAUAAACUGACAAGGAUCUUGUUCAUAUAUUUCUUUCAUUCCUUCAUAUAGUUCUACAGGUAGCGCUGGUACCUAAAGGUGACCCUAACAAUUUUACUUUUUCCGGAGAGGGUGAUGCUGAAAAACUGGCAAAAAUAACUCUUCCGUCGUACUUGUUUCAAAAUCAAGGUGAGAUUGCUGAGAGGAACCAAUCAAUUAAGGUUGGACCAAUGUUUUUUAAAGUUUCUACUCUAAAGGAAUACAUGUAAUUUUCCCGGGUCCAAAAAAGUGAAUUCGAAUCUUCGCGAUUCAUAAAGGCCGUAGUGUUUCUUUGUUGACUCUUCAAAAUAGCAUUCUCCCAAAUAGCAUAACUUCAUAUACAAGUAUUAAGUUGAAGUAACACGAUUGCAUCGGGUAAUAACAGGAAUCAGGAAUACAGCUCAAGGAUUCCGGAAUCCUACUAAUCAUUCGAAUCUGGAAUCCAAGUUCCACUGACAAAAAAUCUGGAACCAGUUGAUGGAAUCCGGAAUCCACGGCGUGGAAUACAGUAUCCAAGACUUUCUUGAAUUCCCUCAUACGGCCAAUUUAAGACGGGAGGAUGAAUUUGAGUAAUUCGAAGGGAAAGGGGUUCUGGAAGAGUGUUUUAUCCCGGGAUCCAGAAUUUGACCAAAUGCAGUGCGGAAUUCGCGAAACGCUAAGUUAACGGGAUACUGGAUUUGACAGGAUGUGGGAUUCGCCAAAAUGCGGGCACGGAUCGAAUCGGUGGGGAUUGCGAAAGGAAACGAUACUCUGGAUGACGAUGACAGAAGUUCGGCAUGCUAGAUUCUCAUAAGAAACGGAAGGAAUGGGAAGGAUCAGAAGGGAAUGCGGGAUCAGAACCUCCUUUCCUAGGAAAAGGGAUCUGGGGCAGACUUUCAUGUAAUAUAUCAAGCAUGAGGCACAGUGUUUCAUCACAAGAUAAACACUGAGAAGAGAGUUGAAAUUACGACGCCGCAGCGCACUGGUAUUUUUGACAAACUUCGAGGUGUCUCAUCGAGUGAUGAAAUGCUGUGUCGAAAGCUUGAUAUUGCUUCUCAAACAAAAUGAUUUUAGAAUGAGAAAUUAAGGAUGUAAAAAUAAGUAUUUUUCUCAUCUGAUUUCCAAAAACUCAUGAAUUAUUGAUGAGCUUAGAAAGGAACACUCGGGGAUCUCAAAACAAAAUUGUACCUUUCCUUCAGGACCCUCUAAAGAAUGUUCAGAACUUCCAUUGCCUUUAUUUCUACCCAUGUCUAUAAAGUCGUAUUAUGUUUGUCUCUGUGUUAUUUUCAGAUACUGUUGUUGUUAACACGCUGUAUCUUGGUCUUGGUAAAUACGUUGAUAGCUUAGUUGCAAGGUAAGAAUGGUUUAUUACAAAUAAUCCUGAUAAAGGAUAUAUAGGAAAAUGAAAAUGUGGCAUAGGAUGUCGAGAAAAAUAAAUUUGAAAUUGACAUUAACAAUCAAUCUUGAUCAUACAUCCUCAGGCCUUUUGGUUCCAUUGAGUUCUAGCCUAAUCAUAGCAGGUUCUUACUUAGACGCAAGGAUGGCACAGCUGCAUAGUGCGCGGCCUUCGUUGCGCGAGGUCCCUGUUUCAUCCCUGGUGAUACCACAUCCUUGUUUCGACUUCACGUCUUGCCGUGUAGCUUUCAUUAUGCUUCAAAAAUGCAUCAAGAAUUUAUAAAGAAAAAAACAAAAGAAAUUAAUGUUUAAUUAGUGUCUUUACAUCUGAUACAGACACAGUUAAUACCAAAUCUAAAGAUUUUAAAGCCGUCCAAAAAAAGUUGCAGUCGUGUAUUAUCAAGUGUAAAAACUUUCGACUUCGCCUCGAGUUUUUAAACCCACUCCAGCUCAACAACUGAAAUUCAUAUUCAUGCUCAGUUGUAUUAAGGUACGGGAAAAAGAUUGAUCAGCGAACUAAGCCGAGCUGGGACAGCUUGGCUUAGAGGUAGUUAGUAAUUAUACAACCCACGCGAUUUUCUGGGUGGGGGAUGGGCCGUUCACCCCUACGUGGCUCCGCUAAAACCUGAGCAAGAAUUGAUGAUUUCUAAGCCAGAUCAGUAUUUAUCAUCAGGAGUUACGUAAUCGCACGUGAAACUAUUUGCCAAGUUCGCAAAUUUUGCACUCAAUUCGCAGGGGCCAUCCCCCGCGCUCAUACCGAAAUUUAAUCUGAUCAAAUAAAAGUUGUCCUUAACUAAAGCUUCAGGGUUAUCGCUUCCCAAAAUAUUGCUUUUCUACAGGUCAUUAUCAGUUGAAACAGAAAUUACAUCCGCUCUUUUCGGCUUUAAACCCAAGUUAUUCUGAGCAGAAGUUUUCCUUUCAACACCCAGUGAUUUUCUUAACUUUUCAAAAAUUUCAUUGGAGAAAAAAGAAACUUUCGGGUUUACUACCGUAUAAAAACCUGUGAAGUUUUUCUUUGGUAUUUUUUUAUACAGACUGGACGGUCAGCUGAACCAAAUCUUUUUCUGCGUUUAUUUCAAAUCGACCCUCUUCAUCCUGUCAACAGUUCACCGGGCAGGCAUGCCAAUACAAUAAAUCAAGAUAAGAAUUGAGCGAAAAGCAAAAGAAAGGCAUUCCAAAAGAUGUUCCGAACGGCUACAAGCGCCUUCCCAUCACCAAAAUAGGCCCGCCAACCUCAAACAUGUAGGUAAUACCGAUAGCGUCGUCUUCAAGACUCUUCUGCUCAAACAUAUCAAGACUCUAGGAAAGAGUUCCAUCGAGUCCAUCGUCUAAAACUACCUCUUCUUUUUCGUAUUGAUCCACCGCCUGCGACAGCAAAUCAUCCAAACCAUCGCUCAUCAUCUCUAAUGAAGUAAAAACGUUUUUCAAAACAACUGUACCAGGGGCGGAUCCAGGUUUUUUUUUAGGAGGGGUGCACUCGUCUCUUGCUCUACUUCAACACCAAUAAACCACAUAGUUUUUUUUUUUUGCAGAAUACCAAUUGUAUUAGAAAACCGCAAGUCAUCUCAGGGGAGGGUGCGCACCCCCUGCACCCUCCCCCUAGAUCCGCCCCUGUGUACUGUAUAUUUGCAGCAAAAGCAACGUCGGCUAAGCGUUAUGGAACUCAGCUGCUGAACUGAAAAAAGAGCCUAGAAACUAACAAUUUUAAAACCCUUUGAGAAAAGGCAGAUAUUCAUAUUGUAACACAUGAAGGCUGCAAAUCCUAACGAGAUUCCAUACACGGUUUUUUGCAGUGAUCUUGCACCAUAACUUUUCAUUAGCUAUACUGAAGCAUCAUUCCUUUUCCAAUAAAGACCGUCUCUAAAAUGAACGUCACUGCAGAAUUAUUUUCUUACAUUUACCUAUAACAUUAUUAAAAUUUUAAACAUAUCGAAGGGUUCAAAAAUAAACCUGCCGGUGAAAUUUUUUAUACAUAUUAAUCUGUGUACAGGAGCGUCUCGCUGUAGUUUAAUGUCUCUCACAAUGUUUUACAUCGAAUUAUUAACGUUUAUACACUUACUUUCUCGCUUCUUUUUCAACAGCAAUAAACGUAUNAACCGCAAGUCAUCUCAGGGGAGGGUGCGCACCCCCUGCACCCUCCCCCUAGAUCCGCCCCUGUGUACUGUAUAUUUGCAGCAAAAGCAACGUCGGCUAAGCGUUAUGGAACUCAGCUGCUGAACUGAAAAAAGAGGCUAGAAACUAACAAUUUUAAAACCCUUUGAGAAAAGGCAGAUAUUCAUAUUGUAACACAUGAAGGCUGCAAAUCCUAACGAGAUUCCAUACACGGUUUUUUGCAGUGAUCUUGCACCAUAACUUUUCAUUAGCUAUACUGAAGCAUCAUUCCUUUUCCAAUAAAGACCGUCUCUAAAAUGAACGUCACUGCAGAAUUAUUUUCUUACAUUUAGCUAUGACAUUAUUAAAAUUUUAAACAUAUCGAAGGGUUCAAAAAUAAACCUGCCGGUGAAAUUUUUUAUACAUAUUAAUCUGUGUACAGGAGCGUCUCGCUGUAGUUUAAUGUCUCUCACAAUGUUUUACAUCGAAUUAUUAACGUUUAUACACUUACUUUCUCGCUUCUUUUUCAACAGCAAUAAACGUAUUGAUUCUAACAUCCUAGGAAGUAGCAUUAAGCCGUACAACAAUGGAGUUUUUAGGGAGAAUGUAACCAUUGUUCUCCGAACGUUCAAGGUAAAUAUUUUUUCACGCACAAGCGACAUACUGAACUACGCAAGGCUAUCAAAAGCGGGUUGCUCCCGCAGUUUUUUUUACUAAUAAUAAUAAUAAUAACAAUAGCAGUACAAGUAUGAUAACGAUAAUGAUAAUAAUAAUGCUUAUGAUUAUGAUUAUGAUAAUGGGAAUAGCAAUACCCAUGGGAAUUGUAAUGAUAAUGAUAACCAUAACUAUUAUUGAACGAAAUAAAUGUGCUGCUGGGGCCAGUUUCUUGAAAGUCCCAAUAAUCAACGGGCCCCGAAAAGCUGUUUGCUGUUUAUUUUCAAGAUAGAGGUUUCAAUAGUUUUCAAGAUAAUUUUUUAAAACUAUCAGUUAACAUAGCAAAAUGGAGGGUUUCCCACGCUAGUACAUUCUUUAUAUGUAAAUUUUGAAUUUGUGAAUUCCUGCCCGAAAAGUUAGGAGACUUUGGAGAAACGGACCUUAGGUCACCUGUGAGCACAUGUGCCUGACAGUGGCCUGCCUGACGGGUAGCAGGACAUCGCUUUCGUGUUUCAAUAACCCCCAUCUCCACUUACUAUCAACAGUUCAGAAAAUUUCUAUUUUAGGUUAAAAACAAAUAAUCAAAGAAACAAAUUAAAAACAAACAAACACUAAACCAAAUUUUCCAUUCUUCUUGUAUUCCCAAUAUGAAGUUUAGUAUUAAGUGCUACUUUGUUGCAGGAAAAAGAACACAAGGAGACAGAAAAAUGUGUAUUUUGGAAGUGGAACUACUCACACCCGUAAGAAAACGUAUUUAGAUAAGCCAGCAUCAUCAAAUGUCUGACAAAGUUUAGUUUUUUAACAUAAUUCGGCAGUACAAGUGCUAGUGGAUUCCGAAUCCUGUUUCUUAGAUUUUUUUGCCUAGCACUGAUAAAAUAUUUCUGUUGAUAAUUAUCGAAAUUGCCGAAAAUACAGGCUUAUACCCAUGAGCACUUAUUAAAAAAUAAUUAUCAGACAACUCUCCAAAAUUUGCAAAGGUGUAAUAGAUUUCUUCCAAGAGAGUACGAUUUCUACCAAUGAAGGCCAGAAAUUUCAUUUUUUAAUCACUUAAGAUAUUUCAAGUUCUUCUCCCAAUUUUUUUAAUAGGUAAGAGAUGUUUUUAUUGCAAGCAUGCGCAUCACCACAAUAGCUAUUUUAUUUGCCACUAUUCUUAGUUUGCAGCCACGUGACAUGGCGGCCAAUUUGGAGAUCAAUACAAUAAAAUUCUUUUCAGAAAUUUACAUGAAAAUCGAAUUUAGUUCCCAGUGGAUAGGCAUCCUUUUGGUCAUAGCUGCCAUGACGUCAUAUGCAAACCAGGAGUCAAUUUAAUAAAGCUAUUACAAGUGCAAUUUACAAGUGUAGCUAUAUAGCUCUUAGGCGCUAAAGCAAUGGGCACAUUUGAAAAUUAGCAUGUGUAAUCGAAUGGUGACGAGUGUAAUUAGGGAAUAAUUUCUAGCUCGUUAAUUUCAAGCUCGUUUUGUCCAAAUCCUAGGAAAAUUUUUAGGAUUUGGACAAAACGCAAGUGAAGUUAUUCCCUAAUUUCACAAAUAUACCAUUUGAUUACCUAGGAUUAAUAUCAUGGGGGACGAAAUACGUUUGCAAUCGUAGAUUUUUGACAUGUUUAUCCAGGAUUUAUCAGUCGAUCAAGAACUCUCUACUGUCUAAAAAGUUUAGAGUGAGUAUUUAGCUCAAGUUCCGAAUUUUCGACAAAAUAGAAAGAGAAUCCUUCUUGAUGUGCUCUUUCGUGUGUUUGGGUUUUCUAAAGCGUCUUUUAAUGCCCUGACAUCUUCAUUCAAAACAUUUUAAACCAUCUUGGCACUGAGACGUACGGAUGGUUGGUGGCAAUGCGGGCGAUUUUUUCAUUUCACAUGUGAAACAAGAGUUUGUGUGAAAUCAUAAAUUACGCUGAAAUUGCUCACCAAAAUGAAGGAGUAAUUCGGAACCCAUGAUGUUACACUGGUAAAUUAAAGUUUUAUUAAAUUGUCCCCAGCAAUAAAUUUGACACGUGUUACAAUUCCUUUCAGAAAUAACGGUAGCUGGUCAGGUAAUGGAUGUUCAUUGGUUAAAACAAACGGCAGUCACGCUGUGUGCACGUGCAAUCAUCUGACGAAUUUUGCAAUUUUAAUGAACAUCAACCCACAGGAGGUAAUGUGGUUGUGGGUUAAAACCAAAUGAUAUUAGUAUUUGUUAAUAUCUGUAACGUAAACUAUGAAGUACUAUGUAGAAGACACCGUUUGAUCCAAACAGCCGAAAAGGCUCAACUCAACCUCUCCUUGCCUCUUGGCGCUCUAUCAGACCAAGAGCCAUAAGGCGUUCACAAGUCUCCGCAUGCUAUCAUGAAAAGUUUUCCUGGUUUCUGCAGAAUUGAUUCUUUAACGGGAAAGGGAAGUUAAUCUAUCGCCGGCAACCCCAAAACCUGGAUACUCAAGGCGUUGCAAUUCGUCAGACAUUUCACCGAAAACCUGCCCAGCAAGUUUGAACGUGACCCACCAUUGACCAAGGUCACAAUUCAUGGUAUAUCUUCCUAGGUCAUCAAGGCCGACAAACCUCUCCAGUACAUUAAGGUGCAAAUAAUUUCUGGAAAUUUCUAAGCCUCUUCAUUUCGUACCAAGUUUUUUAAAUUAAAAUUUAAUAUCAAGUUAAUGUGGAAUAUACUAGAUCAUGAUUUAAACUCCACAGAAGGCGAUGCAAGCAAUAAUCUCACAAUCAAACAGUAUACACAGAGCUCUGUAGCAUUCAAUUCCAUGUAAACUCAAAACCCUCACAUCAAUCCGAUGUAAAAGAACGUAUUUCAGGUAUUUCUAUACUUUCUGAAAAAUUGAAGACGCGAACGUUAUGUUUUUUCUUUUUGUCCUUUUCAGAUCCCAAAGAAGCACAAAACAGCCUUAGACUUUAUCACAUACAUUGGACUGGGAGUCUCCUUACUGGCAGAAACUAUCACAAUCGUUGCCUAUAUGCUACUGUUGUAAGUAUUACAAACUUGAACGAGAGCCGCUAGUAGGAUUAUUCCAUGAGAUACUAUGUACACUAUCAUAACGUUGACAAGAAAAUCUUCUCGGCUUGUUGUUGUUGUUGUUGUUUACAAGUUCGAAUAGCGAAGGUUAUUAUUAGCAAAAAGAAGCAAUUCAAGUUUUUAAUUAUUCAUUUUACUACGAAAUAUGCGUUUAACGCUAGUUUGCGAGUUUAAACGUGACUAUCUAUAAAUUAAAACAGCUAUUACAACGAUAUAAGGACCUUUAGCUUUUUCUAAAAGUACUAGAUCUCCUAGCCAAACCUUAGAAUAUUUUCUAUAAAUAAAUUUUUACUCGCAAGUAGUACAAUAGUUGACUCAUAAUUGUUCACUUUUUAUACCAUCUGUAGAUGUUCGAAUAAUGACCAGCAAAGUCAUGUGCACAUGAACUUAGUCGCCACGCUUGCAAUGGCUCAAGUGAUUUUUCUGGCAGGAAUAGACGCUUCACAAGAUCAGGUGAUUAAGAGUAGUUUAACUAUGAAUAAUAAAGCUGAUAACAUGCUGAUAAUGGUGACGAUGGUAAUCAAAACAAAGAAUAGGAGACGUAGAGGGAGAGGGUGGAUGAUGAUGAUGAUGAUGAUGAUGAUGAUGAUGAUAAAGGUGAUGACGAUGAUAAUGACGACGAAGCCAAGGCGAUAACCAUGAGUGAUAACGACGAUGGUGAUGAUGAUAAUGACGACGACGAUAAUGACGAGGUUGAAGAUGAUGAUAGGAUAGACAAUAAGAAAAUUUAAGGAAAUCACUAUAACGGCGACCUCUACUACGACGAUUGGAAGUAAAAAAGCCCAAAACAAACGCAGUGUGCAUGCCUGGAAAUGACCUUUCACCGUAGCACCAAAUCCUGGAACGUGAAGACCUGUCUUGAGGCGUAGUAUCUAAUACGUGAGAAUAAUACUCGACUUUUCUCUUAUUUUUUUUUUCUUCCUUUUUUUCUUUGGCAAUCAAUGGUCUUUAAACCUAUCAUAGACUUUUUUCACUUUAUGGGGAAGGUAAUUGACGCUUCUGGUUUUCCAGUAAUUACAUCUUAUGUGCGUUAUACUAAUUACAGCGUAAGCAACUAAACGAGAAACCCCGUAGUCACUGUUUGGGUGCCGCUUACUAAUAGCCGAAAUUUGGCGGGCUGCGGGCUGUGACGUACUCUCCCUGGGAUUAAAAACUUCUUAAUUUAAUGUGUUCAGCGUUAACACGUUAUACAAAAAUAUACGGGAGAUUUAAGGCAAUCAGAAACGGAGAAAUAGCUUGAAUCAAUUGUUACUAUAACGCAUUAUUCUGUUCUAAUAGGUGCUGUGUUUGACAGUGGCCGCUUUGUUACACUACUUCUGUCUAUCAGCCUUCUGCUGGAUGUUGAUCGAGGGCAUUAUGUUAUACUUAUUAAUCAUUGAAGUCUACAAUAAUGAACUCAAGCUCCGUCUUUGCUACACUUUUUCAUUCGGUAAGUCUCUCAGUGAAGAAACGUAAGUUAAAGCCAAGAAAUCUCUGUAAAAUUUUGAAACAAAGCUGAUGUUUUUUUGACACUGGAAAACGCCUUCCCUAGAUUUUGCUAAUUUGUUAUAUCUGCUAUCUUUCUGGUCUACUCCGGUAAAAUAUAAUAUAGACCAAAACUCUUUGGGUUGAUCUUUCAAAGUACUUAACAGUGCUGCCGGAUGUCAAAUCAAAUACACCAAUAGUUGACUUGGUGACUUUUAUGCACUGCAUGAAUUUACUUCCGUUCACUAAACCUACAUUCACUUCAGCGUCGUUCGUCAGCUUAAAUUCUUGUUGUGUUCAAGAUUAAUCCUUUCUUCUAAAUCUUACGGAACAAAAUACAGUGAUAUGAUGGUCAUUUUGUGUGCACAGGAAUCCCAGGACUUGUUGUUGGAGUAACAGUGUUAAUUGCCCAUUUGGGAGAAAAAGGGAUUUAUCAAUACAAAUCCAGUAGCUGGUAAGAUUUUCUCAUUGCCUUGCAACUGACUAUAUAGAAACUCGUAAGGAUACAAGUGCUAGCAUCAUGUGGAUACGGAAACUAAUAUUUUUCUUGACUCUAUGACUGCAAGCACUGCUUUUGCAAAGUUGACAAAUAUGAAGCAAGGAGAAAAAACGCACAAAAAUGUGGCUAAAUACCCGUAAACUAUGUGAUCGUUUGCGCGAAAGAGAAAGAUACGUUAAAUAUAACCUUGUCUAAUGGUAUAAAUUUUACAAAUGUACACCUCUGUAGUCAAAAGAGAACUUCUACUGUCAUUCCACGUCCAUUGUACUACAUUUAUUGCACUGUACUCUUUGUAAUCGCUGUAAGCACUUGUGCCUUUAGGCGCUCUGUUGAGAAUAAAGCAAGCUAUCUAUCUAUCUAUCUAUCUAUCUAUCUGUUGGUCUGUCUGUCUGUCUGUCUGUCUGUCUGUCUGUCUGUCUGUCUAUCUAUCUAUCUNUGAUAUGAUGGUCAUUUUGUGUGCACAGGAAUCCCAGGACUUGUUGUUGGAGUAACAGUGUUAAUUGCCCAUUUGGGAGAAAAAGGGAUUUAUCAAUACAAAUCCAGUAGCUGGUAAGAUUUUCUCAUUGCCUUGCAACUGACUAUAUAGAAACUCGUAAGGAUACAAGUACUAGUAUCAUGUGAAUACGGAAAUAAUCUUUUUCUUGACUCUAUGACUCCAAGCACUGCUUUUAAUUUGCAAAGUUGAUAAGUAUGAAGCGAGGGGAAAAAACGCACAAAAUUGUGGCUAAAUACCCGUAAACUAUGUGAUCGUUUGCGCGAAAGAGAAAGAUAUGUGAAAUAUAACCUUGUCUAAUGGUAUAAAUUUUACAAAUGUGCACCUCUGUAGUUAAAAGAGAACUUCUACUGUCAUUCCACGUCCCUUGUACUACAUUUAUUGCACUGUACUCUUUGUUAUCGCUGUAAGCACAUACGCCUUUAGGCGCUCUGUUGAGAAUAAAGCUAUCUAUCUAUCUAUCUAUCUAUCUAUCUAUCUAUCUAUCUAUCUAUCUAUCUAUCUAUCUAUCUCUAUCUAUCUAUCUAUCUAUCUAUCUAUCUAUCUAUCUAUCUAUCUAUCUGUCUAUCUAUCUACCGGUAUCUAUCUAUCUAUCUAUCAAUCAAUCAUGUGGUAAUAAAACUAGAUGACUGACCUGGCCGCCUGACACACUGUUUCAACAUUUGUUGAACAGGAGCUGCAAUAAAUGCUGAACCGUGUACAUCACCACUGAGCUUAAUGAUCAAUCAACUUUUGGGAUUCUUUUUUUUAUGUGCGUACACGAAAAUUUCUUUAUUGAAUUUCUCAUUAGCUUUAAAGUCAACGAAAUAUAGGUGUGCCGCGUGUAAGGUACAAGUCAUCGUUUAAGCAGAAACGCUUGUCUUAUCUUUAUUACAAUUAGGUGCUGGCUAUCGACGGAAAAGUACUAUAUAUGGUCGUUUGCAGCACCAGUGAUAUUAAUAACUGUUGUAAGUAGCUAUCGCAGGCUCAUUUUUACUGACAAUUUAUUCUGCUAUCAAUUCAUUACGCCCGUAUAAAAUAUACAAACAAACAAACAAGUAAACAAAAUCCUGAUUAGACGUGUAUGUGUUCAACCAAUUUACGUCAUACUUAAGGUGAUGUUAUACGGGACGAUCGCAAAGACAGUUUUUUGCGCAAUACAGCGUUUCAACAUUGUUGUAACAUUGUUUCAAAUGGUUGCAACAAUGUUCCAACAUUGAAAAGCUGUGUUGCGCUAAAAACCGUCUUUGCGAAUCGUCCCGCGUAACAUCACCUUUAAAACUAGGAGCCACACCCCGAUCAUAACCCUUAAUUCUACAUUAUGCCUCAAUCUUCUCAUGUAAAAAGCCUGAAAGACCAAAAAACUGUUCGGAGGAGGGAGCGUUUCAAACAUCGAGAAGUGAUAUGAACAGAGCUUGGUAAUAAUCAUUGGUUGGAGAUUAUGAUUACUUUUCGUUUUCGAAAAAAAGUCUCGUUUAUCAAUUCUUGUCAUCGUGUAGAAAAAUGCGUCCUCACAUGUACGACAAUAUGACUGAUUGACAACUGGAUUUUGUGUUUUUUCUUCAGAUAAACGCGGUGGUGUUUUGUGGGGUCGUAAAGGAAAUGGUUGCUAUGCCAAGCACAGGGUCCAGAAAGUUCCAUGGGAUAAAGUUAGUGGCCUAGUUCGGCUGAAGUUUCUACUCUCCCCAUUCUGCCUCUGUUUUCAAAGUAAAAGAAGGCCACUAAACGCGCCUUCAACAUUCAGGCUUAGAGAAGAUUUGGAGACAGGGAUAGAGUGCCCGAACUUAACCCUAACGCCCCCACCCCCCCUCAAAAAAUAAGCAUCUUAAUUUACUCUUGCCUUUAAUUUACUAAUGGACAUACUCCGCCCUACAAAACGUAGCUCAAUUCUUAUUGUUAAAUUAUUACCACAAUGAGCAACUGCAGAGCCAGCUAGAAAUAUAAAUAUAAAACUCUCGUCCCACUGCUGCUCGUGCUUGCAAACACAAAUUUUAUGAAAUCAGUUUCUUUCUAUAAAAGUGAUCCCAGAUUUAGAUAAAAUCAGGGUAGUCUACAGAAGAUAUGGCUCCAAAGUCGUUUGGGUGGAUGACGCAAGACUUUUAUCUUCUGACUUUUGAACUGAAUAACUAAUUUAAUCCAGUUUCUUUUAUUAGGACAACUGUAAAAGCUUGCAUUGUGUUAUUUCCUCUUUUGGGAGUCACAUGGUUGUUUGGUUUGCUGAGUCUCUCUAACGCUGGACUUGUUUCACAAUAUGUUUUUACGGUGCUGAACACACUACAGGUAAGUGAAGAAAUAUACUAAGAACAAUAAACGGUCUGUAUAACUCACGUAGACUUAUGGUUUCAUGGUAUACUUCAACAUUACCCCUGAGUUUAACGAGAGAAAAAUUGUACGAAGAAAAUCAAGGGGAAAUUUUUAAAACACACUCUAAUAUGUCCGCUACUCUAAAACAUAGAAGAAGAAAGGGUACAAGCUACCCAAGCAAAGAUUGGGAUCUGUGAUCAUUUCGGUAAGCAACGUAACCAGUGAUUGCUUAAUGGUUGCCUUUGGAUUCUAUCCACCCAUCAAAGCUCACGCUUAGCUUGUACACCCAAAUGAUUCCAUAAUUCACUGCCCCGACAGCUUGUAACCAUUUCCCUGCCUUCAUGGAAUGGUGACAGUCAAGUAUCCUUGUCGAAUUAGCGCUUGCCCUGAAACGACCUCUUUUUCUGUGAUUCAUGGAUCUUACGUUAGUUAAAAUUCUUACAAAUGGAGAAAUUCUUCACGAAAGGCUUCUUAAUCUAACAACUGCUGCACUACUGCUUGGCAUAAAGAUGUGUUGAGAAUGCAAAUUGUUGAAAGGUUGUUACUGACUUUUCCUUGAGUGUAUUCUUGGAUGGAGUUGCAGACCAAAGUUUUUGUCCCUAAGAAAUAUAUAGCGAAUGAUAGUAAUUGUAUUAUCUCCUUCUGUCUUUUGGUUACUUCAGGGAUUGCUGAUCUUUCUCUUACACUGUAUAAGAAACUCUGAGGUAAGUUUCCCCAAUAAGCUAUUUCUUGAGGUAACUCGGAAAUGACCUAUUAACCCAUUCGAGCCAUUUUUUGCUCAAUUUGAUGAGUAGUUUCUGUUCCUGACUUUGACCAAAUCUCGUUACACCCCCCCCCCCCUCCCCCUUAGCAGCACUUUCUAGUUUCUAACCAUCGUCUCCAUUCUUGUUUCAGAUAAGGGCAGCAUGGAAUAGAAAGCUACAAAACAUUAGAAGGCAAGCCUGGCAUUUGUUUAAGAUCGGGAGACCGCCAGCGAUCUCUAGUUCAACUCCAGAGGCCCAGUCCUGCAGACAAGAACAACCGCAGAUGGAAAUGAACCGAAGAAACAACAAGAUUGUACCUGUUGACGGAUAAAACGGGAAUUUGAAGUUGCAAGGAUCAUGAAGUCCAUUGACAGAUCAAGAAAGACACCGCUUGUCGAUCAUACUCAGGCUAACGNUAUUAGAAACGCUGACGGAAGGUUGCCCCAGAAGCUAUUUGUGUAGGUUGCUCUGGAAUGUACUUUUUACCCAUUCCAACCUUUUUUUGUUCAAAUUUUGUAGGAGUGUUUAUUCCCUAGAUGGUCCAAAUCGCGGUUACCCCCCCCCCCCCUCCCCCUUAGCAGCACUUUCUAGUUUCUAACCAUCGUCUCCAUUCUUGUUUCAGAUAAGGGCAGCAUGGAAUAGAAAGCUACAAAACAUUAGAAGGCAAGCCUGGCAUUUGUUUAAGAUCGGGAGACCGCCAGCGAUCUCUAGUUCAACUCCAGAGGCCCAGUCCUGCAGACAAGAACAACCGCAGAUGGAAAUGAACCGAAGAAACAACAAGAUUGUACCUGUUGACGGAUAAAACGGGAAUUUGAAGUUGCAAGGAUCAUGAAGUCCAUUGACAGAUCAAGAAAGACACCGCUUGUCGAUCAUACUCAGGCUAACGACCCGAAUAGUUGAAAUUUCAAAGAAACCAGCACUAUUGGAAUGGCGUCGUAUGCGUUGUAUUGAAGAAGUGUCCGGCAUGACACUCGGGUAGCCGACAACUUAGAUAGAAGCAGUAUAUUUGGGGAGUUACGAAGUGUAAGGUUGCUCGUACCUGGAGAUUUAAACGUCCACUAACAACUGAACAGGCUUGAAGUUAUAGGGCGCGUAUUUUAAAAGCACGUGACGAAGGAGUCGGGUAGAUAUUUUUCACUGUAUUCACCCUGACUC